AUGAGUAAACUGAAGCGUACGCCAAGUUUAGGAACGAUGCCUAGUCCCGGCCUUCAUAAUAGUAUUUCGACAAUAGAGUCGCCUAGUCCAACAGGUGUUAGCACUCUGAAUCGACCUGCGCAGGCGUCACAAUCGCUAUUUCCCAUGUGCUUAAAUCUUUUAGAACGUCUCUAUUGUGUGAAAGAGUUUGAACAAUAUUUGAUUCAGGGACAGAAUGCCAUGCAGAAUGGUUCGAUAGUGGGCACUCCAACUUCGGAAAAUGGACCAAGCAAUAAUAUUAUUCAUAAAGAUCCUGUUACGCUUUUGUGGCAGACUUUUCGUUUGGGUUAUCCCUUGUGUGCACUCUUCAAUGCCUUGCAGCCACAAAAACCGUUGAAGGUCGCAUUCGAGGAAGAUAAACCAGGCGCCGUCAAAUCCAAAGCCAACGCCAAUAAAGCUAGUGUGUACCAUUUUCUUGUGGCUUGCAAGGAAGAGUUGAACUUGCAUCCAGAUCAAGCCUUUUCAAUCUCACAGUUGUAUCAGGAUGACACCAAUGGAUUUGUGAAGGUUAUCAACACAGUGAAACUGGUCACGGAUAAAAUUGAGGAAAAGGGUCUCCUCGAUUUAUCUAAAAAACAACUUUCACGGAAUUCCGAUCCCGAGAAACCUACAGAUAACAGGGCAAAAGUUGUACGAGAAUUACUAGAGACAGAACGAAAAUAUGUGCAAGAUAUGGAAGCUUUACAGAAUUAUGCACGAGAACUCAAGAAUCAAGACGUUGUCAGUGCAGACACGAUCCAUUUGCUAUUUGCCAACCUCAAUAAUCUUGUCGAUUUUCAACGUCGUUUCCUUAUUGGCGUGGAAUCCAUGUCCAGCGAACCGCCCGCAGAACAACGGUUUGGACAUCUCUUUAUACAAAUGGAGGAAAACUUUGCAGUUUAUGAACCAUUUUGUGCUAAUUAUCAGUCUGCAUCCGAAUUAGUUAUUCAAGAAACUCCCAACUUACAGAAAUUGGCUCACCUUGUUGAACCCACUUAUGAAUUACCAUCAUUGUUAAUUAAGCCGAUCCAGCGCAUUUGUAAAUACCCAUUAUUGCUUCAGGAAUUAUUAAAAUUUUCAAAUAAGGAAGAAACCCCUUAUUACGAAGAAAUCGAACAAGGUCUUCAUGCCAUUAAACGCGUGACUGAUCGUGUAAAUGAAACAAGGCGUAAACAAGAAAAUGAGGCUGUUGUUAGAGAUUUGGAGCGUCGAGUAGAAGAUUGGAAAGGUCAUCGAAUCUCGCAAUUCGGUGAGCUCUUGCUCGAAGACAUAUUCACAAUGUCCAAAGAUGAUUCUGAGCGUGAAUAUCAUGUGUAUUUGUUUGAGAAGAUCUUGCUUUGUUGUAAAGAGACCAACCCCAAAAAAUCCCAGGGGAAACAACAAAAAAAUAAUGGGCGUAAGCAAAAACGAGCUAGUUUACAGCUCAAAGGAAGAAUUUUUAUACGUAAUAUUACAGCUGUGAUGAAUAAUGACCAAGAGAAGCAACUUCCAAAUCCCAACUCAAGUCGGCACGGAUCGUUGUCUUUAAAGGUCUACUGGAAAGGAGAUACAGAGUUGGAAUCUUUCUUGCUCAAAUGUCGAACCGAAGAACAGCUCAAGCAGUGGCAAACAACCUUGGAUAAAUUAUUGAGCGACUUCAAUAGUGGUCGUCAAAUGACUUCGAAAGGCACAGAGCCUUUCACUCCUGUCAUUAAACGACCUGCAGUAUCGAACACGCAGUUGGCAUCAUUACAAAAUCUUGAUCUCCCCCCGUAUCCACGUCGGGAUGAUGACGCCGCAUCAUUCAUUGACGAUGAAGAGGACGAAGAUGAUGAAGAUGAGAUAGACGAUUGGAAUCAAAGUGCAAAAUUCAAAAGUCAAUCUUUGCCUUAUGGUCAAUACCCAUCGCCUUAUGGAAAGAAUCGACAAGAUGGCACGACACCACCAUAUUUAUGGAACUCCGGUUCCCCACCAAGCGUGCCCAGCGUUCCCCCGCAACAUCGAAGUCAUGCGAACAUGUCGAUGCCACCCAUUCCUCGCAAUGGGUCAGUCAGCGUUCCACCAACUAUGACUACAUUCCCAUCUAAUGUCGUUGGAGAAAAUUCUUACCUCAGUCCCUCACCCCAAUCCUAUCCAGAUCACCCCUCGCAACGACAAAAUGUAGAACAUCCAUCACCUCUGGCGGACACUAUUGCGAAAUUUAUGAUGGCGGAGGAAGAUGAAUACGUAGUUCCAUCACAACGUGCCAAUUCUUAUAGCGAAGGUUCCGGUCAGCCUCCUCAGAGAGGAAACGGACCUUUACCAUCAACACCACAAUAUAGCCCUGCGCAUCCUAUGAAUCGGUUACGAUCUCAAAGUAACCCACCUAUUCAAGCCAUUCAGGAAUCACAGUGGGAGGAAUCCGAACCCGUACCAGAUCUUCCAACUCCCGUAACGACAACACGAACGAAUGUUAAUGUGUUCCAAUCUUCGGGUGUCCAACAACGAGAUAGUGGAUCGAGUACAUCUUCGCGAGCAUCCGUGCAUUCAAUACCCAAUGCGACGAGUUCCAUCAGCAGCGCACCCUCAAAUAAUGGAUUGUCUUCACCUCCCAACGGACAUACGAAUGGACAUCAAUAUACCAACUACUCUACGAUGAAGAUUAAAGUCAACUAUGCCAAAGAGAUCUUUGUGAUAGUCGUAUCACAAGAUAUUGAGUAUAAAGAAUUAUGUGACCGUGUGGAACGUAAGAUUCGCCUAUGUUCUACUCAGCGUGACGAAAGCGUUCCGCUUCGCAUCAGAUACCAAGAUGAGGAUGGUGAUUAUAUUACUAUUAAUUCAGACGAAGACGUUUUGAUGGCAUUUGAAGGUCGCCUUGCGGCAGGAGGAAAUUUUGUUAAUCUCGGAAAAAUGAAAUGUUCAAAGUGUUCACUUGAUAAAUUGUCUCGGGAGUUUCCUUCGGACAUUGUAAGCCAAAAGUGCGGUCAUGUCUCAACUUACUGCCUGAAGUGUUUGAUGAAUCACUUUCAAGCUCCUAAAGACACGCGUCAAUGUCCUGAAUGCCAAGCCGUAUUGACGCAAAAAGAAAUACGCGAUUUAAAUAACUCAUGGGAAAAAGCACCUUUCAGAAUCGACAUUGAGAACAUUUCUCAAAUAAAAAGUUCGAAUAGUAAGAAUGAUAGUGAGCUUAGUGUUAGUGGGAAUGCUACGGCUGGAAGUUUUUACGUGGUCUUAUUAAACGGUCAAAAGAUGAAAUUUGAACUUGAAAAUCUCAAGACAGUGAUCGCUUUAAAGGAGGCAUUAAAGGUUCAGACAGGCGUUGAGGUGUCCAAACAAAAGUUGAUCCACAAGGGGGUUGAGAUGAAUAGUUACAACACAGGGCGGGUUCAAAACAGCCUGGGUGAAUAUGGCAUAGCUUCCGAUAGUCAUAUUCAACUCAUAGUUCUUCUUUACUCGAUCUCUAAAGAAUUGUCGGUCCAAAAUUUAACCUUUGAUCUUUUCUGGGGAUAUCCAGUGACUGGAUGUGAUUAUCUUGACGGUACAUGUAUGCUUUACAUGGGAAAUACGAAUUGGAGAAAAUUCGAUUAUCAGUCCACGGCUUAUCCCGACAUCCGUGAUAUGAAACAUUCCGGAGACGUGAUGGAUCAUGUGAAUCGAAGAGGUCAUCAUCGUAUCACCGCAAAUUUGGCGAAUCUUCCAGAGAAUGUUACGAAGCUUUACUUUAUUCUUUCCUCGUGGAAUUCUCCAAACAUUGGACAUUUUCCGAAUCCAAGUUUUAAAAUGUAUGACACCAUGACACCUCACAUAAAUUUAUGUACCUACACAAUCCAAUCGGCUGCAUCUUCGCAAGCUGUCAUAAUGUGUUGUGUUGGCAAGAAUAGUCUUGAUGGCACCUGGGCUGUUUACGAGGUCGGUAAAUUGUCAAACGGCAAUGCUAAGAAUUAUGCACCGAUCGAGUAUACCAUCGGAACGCUAGAUCCAUUUUUCAUAAACUGA